AAUUUCCUUUAUUUUUUCUGAUUAAGACCUGCCACUUGCCACACUACGUCUGACCGGAAUACUCCAAGAAAUCAACUUAACAAAUUCUAGCGAAAACGGUCGUAACUACUAACUCGCCAUCCUCUCUCUAUUCUAAUGUCCAUGCAAAUGUGACGCUUAAUCAUUGGUCUUUCAAUAAGCUUCUUAUUACAUUAUUAUUAUAUAAUUGGAUAUUAUUGUGCGUGAAUGAGGUUCUGUUCCUUUCAAUUUUCUCUUGUUUUUCACUUUCACUGCUAACUUUGUUUCACGCAAAGACUUUGGCCAAGUCACCAGCACUACACUGGGCGCGCACUUCUCCAUGGGAAACUGCUUCUCCGAAGUCGCCGCCGGUCGCGCCGCAAUCGGCGGCACCGCCGGCGAUUUCCGCAAUCCGGCCGGCGCUCCAAACGACGCCGUCGAGAACUUCCUCAGGUCUCGCGGCCACCACGGCCUCUUCUCUCAGAUCGAGUUGUCGUUUUCCGCUUCUGGAUUGCGUGAUCGCGAUGUGCUCUUCAAGAGUAAUCCGAUGAUGGUUCUUUAUACAAGAGGAAAAAAUGGAGCACUUCAGGAACUUCGCCGCACAGAAGUAGUUCCAAAUUCAUCGAGUCCCACAUGGAUUACUAAACACACCCUCAUUUAUCAUUUUGAGGUUGUUCAGGUUUUAGUGUUUCGUGUGUAUGAUGUUGAUACUCAGUUUCACAAUGUAGAUGUAAAGAUGCUUGAGCUAGAAGAGCAGCAAUUUCUUGGCGAGGCAACCUGUGUACUAUCUCAGAUAAUCACACAACCUAAUCAAUCAUUGACUAUAGAUCUACACACAGAAGAUUCUAUCAUAUCUACGUCUACCCUUGCCAAAAACUCUGGGAAACUCUCAGUGCAUGCUGAGGAAUGUGUUAGCUCAAAGACUUCAGUAGAGAUGGCAUUCAGGUGUUCAGAUUUGGAAUACAAGGAUCUUUUCUCAAGAAAUGAUCCCUUUUUAUUGAUAUCAAAAGUUGCGGAAGGUGGUGCCCAAAUUCCAAUUUGCAAAACAGAAGUUAUAAGGAAUGAUCUCAACCCGAUAUGGAAGUCAGUGUUCGUGAAUAUUCAACAAGUAGGAAGUAAGGACAGCCCUUUGAUAAUAGAGUGCUAUAACUUUAAUAGCAAUGGAAAACAUGAUUUAAUGGGAAAAGUAGAGAAAUCUUUGGCGGAGUUGGAGAAUAUUCAUAAUAACGGCCAGGGAGAAAAUUUAUUUUUGCCUUCUGCUGGUGGACAAAGCCAUAAUAACAAGGUGUUAAAGAGCCAACUAUUUGUGGACAAAUUUACUGAAAGUGUCCAAUAUACUUUCUUGGAUUACUUGGUGGGGGGAUUUGAAUUGAACUUCAUGGUGGCUGUUGAUUUUACAGCUUCAAAUGGAAAUCCACGCCUUCCAGAUUCUUUGCAUUAUAUUGAUCCUUCAGGACGGCCAAAUGCAUAUCAGAAAGCUAUUGUUGAGGUUGGGGAAGUGUUACAGUUUUAUGAUUCAGACAAACGAUUUCCCACUUGGGGAUUUGGUGCACGACCAAUUGAUGGUCCUGUUUCCCAUUGUUUCAACUUGAAUGGAAGUAGUCAUUACUGUGAGGUGGAAGGGAUCCAAGGAAUUAUGAUGGCUUACACAAGUGCCCUGCAUAAUGUAUCUCUUGCAGGUCCUACUCUUUUUGGACCUGUCAUAAGCACUGCUGCGUUGAUUGCCAGCCAAUCUGUAGCAAAUGGCCAAAGAAAGUACUUUGUUUUAUUAAUAAUCACAGAUGGAGUAGUUACAGAUCUCCAAGAAACAAAAGAGGCUAUUGUUAAAGCAUCUGACCUGCCAUUAUCAAUCCUUAUUGUUGGGGUAGGAGGAGCUGAUUUCAAAGAAAUGGAGGUUUUGGAUGCAGACAAGGGAGAGAGGCUAGAAAGUUCAUAUGGACGCGUUGCCUCACGUGAUAUAGUCCAAUUUGUACCAUUUCGUGAGGUUCAAAGUGGAGAGUUUUCAGUUGUUCAAGCACUUCUAGCAGAAUUACCGAGUCAAUUUUUAACUUACGUGCGGAGCAGAAAUAUUCAACCGAGCCUCUAGACAUUUAAAAACUAAAAACUGUACAUAAAGUUCUCAAUUCAUUGAUCAUUGUGAGGUUUCGAAGUCCUUUUUAGUUCUUCAAUCAACGAAUUCGGCUAAAGGGCUGGGAACUGUUGCUUUGUGCUAAUUAACGGCUCAAGAAAGGUUCGCCUGCUAGCUGUCUUAUCCAAAGGAUAUGUCUGAUCAACCUUAUGAUUGGCAUUUCCCUUUCUUUUUUGUGCACGUGUCCUUUUGGCUUUUCCUAGGUGAUUGGUUUGCCUGAAAAUAGCAAUACUACAAGUUGGAAUCAAUGUUUUCUUCCUUCUGUUCUUUCUACACUUGAUAUGAUUUGUAAUGGAAAUCUGAUAAUUUGGGGAUGUCUUUAGAUGGCAUUACAAAUACAAGCAGAAUAUGUAUCCAGAAAAAUAAAUAAAAAUAAAAAUAGCACCGCUGAACUCUAUUAUUUUAUUAGUUCA